AUGGACUCCUCCUAUUCAGACCAAGACUUCGACAACACUUACUCACACAACGCCAGAUCGAGAGCCGGUAGCGGGGUGUCUACAACAGAGGGGCUCUUUCAGAACUUGCAGCUUGCCGAGUCUCCGUCCCUGGAAACCGGUUCCUAUACCAGCAGCAGCAGACCACCAUCCUCGAGGGGCCUGGCCUCAUCCGUAUACUUAAGUCCGAGCCUGUCCCACCCGCCCACCUAUCUUUCCAGCUCCAUCUCUCCACAUCAACAACACUUUGCACACCUACCCUCGGACACUGAGUGGUUCGAAGCGGAACACGCAUCAGUCCACGGCACACCACUGUUACGACUGGAACCUGCACCAGACCACGGGGAAACGCCUUCGACGUCAUCGCCGCUGGCAUCGAUCGAGCCGGAAAGCAUGAGCGCCGUUGCCGUAUCAUACGAUCCAGGAUUCAGCAUGGGAAGCAGAUCUUCUUUCACUUGGCCAGGUGCGUCAGCCUCCCUAUCAUGCUGGACGGACAAUGCAUGCUCACCAGCAGCAACAGUAUUGGACUCUGGAAGCGGUCUUUUGCCGCCUGGCAUGAGCCACCACUACGGAUCAGAAGCCAGUUUAUCACCGCCCAGCGGAUCACGAUCGAUCACGGGCAGCCCGCCAAGAAACACACUCACGCCGGAACAGAGGGAACUAAAACGCCAACGAGACCAGGCCCGACACAGUUCGAAGAUGCACGCUCGCGGGCGAAGGGCGGGAAGUGGCUCCGAAUCAGUGUACUCACCUCCAGUAACGCUGGCCGACUUGACCACAGGCUCCUCCACGAUGCCGAUUUAUACCACCGCGCCGUCUCAAAUGUCGCUCAUGGCCGAACCUACAACGUCACAUUAUUUGCCGCCCUUCUCGCCUCCCCUUCCAGAUCAAAGCCAGACAAACAUGUUCCCGAGUCCCUACCCGCCACAGUCGUACAUGCCAGACUACGGCUACCAGCCAUCUCCGGCCCCGAGUCUACCAUCGCACUAUGGGUAUGUUUCCAACACGGGAAACAAUCGGCCGGUUACUGACACCUUCCUCAGCAGCAGACCAGUCAUGGGAGACCCGAAUCUUGGCAUGUACUCAGUUCCACCAGUGAUGGGCCCAGGACCUCAAGAUACGAGCGGACAGGUACGAGUGGUACACAGCCGACCAAAGCCACAGUGUUGGGAGCACGGAUGCAACGGUCGCCAGUUUUCUACCUUCAGCAACCUUCUCCGGCACCAGCGUGAAAAGUCAGGACAGGCCACGAAGGCGACGUGUCCCAACUGCGGCGCAGAAUUCACACGAACCACGGCGAGAAAUGGGCAUUUGGCACACGACAAGUGCAAGAAGAAGAGCAGCAACUGA